AUGACUCGCAAUCAGCGCGGUCUAGUAGAAACGUGUUUUGAGGAGGGUCAAUACGAGUCUGGCAUCGCAGUGCUCGAACAGCUAAGGUCCGAAAACUUCAGGCCACCCGUGUCUCUCGUACGUCAGCUCCUCUACAUCUCACUGUACCCCCCACCACCAUCCCUUGAUCAUGUGGAAGAGCGCGAUUUCAAUCCCGCUUCACCAACGAAAGGCUCCCCUACAAAAUCAAAGCUUCAGGCACCAAAAAUGACCUUUAUUCCUUCAGUCAAUGCAUCAGAAGCUGCGCAACGCUUAUUAUUAUCCUUCGUUAGGACAAAUACACCUACAUCUCUUUUCCAGGCUUUGCCACAACUGCGCAGGAGCAACGAAUCGCCAUUUGAAGGUGAUGAUCAUGACUCUGUCGUAGCAAAGGAGUCCUUGUGCAUCAAGGACGCAAAGCACUGCUGGGCGAUACUCAAGGAUGGUUUCGUACCGCGAAUAAAAAUAUCUCAGCCGUCCCUAGGAAAGAAGAAACGCGGAAAACUCAUCACUGACACUGAAGAAUAUGCAGAGGAGAAAUACAGCAAUGCGGUUCUCACUCCUAUUGCAGAGUACGCCUGGUUAGUCUUGCAGUGGCUGGUCGAACUUUUUCAGCGAGACGAGUCUUUGGCAUCCGGAGAUGGUUCCGAGUCAGUGAAGCAUUCACCAUUGUUGUUGUUGCAGAUUGGCACUGGUCUUCGGUGGGAAGCUGAUGCACCCCUAGACAUCGUGUUCUAUUGUGUUUCGCAAGCUCAGCCCCAACGACGACAGCUGGGUCUCGAACUGAUGGCUCUGCUCAUCGGGAUUUCUCUAACGGCAGAAUUUGACUUUAACAUGUUUCUUGAACAAGUCACCUCACGACUACACUCAGCCACACCAGAGGUAGUCCAGACUUUCAUGUCUGGCUUUCAUCUGUCGCAUUUAGCACAACUGUUCAAAUUGGCGCUCUGCCGUAAAUUCCUUUCCGAUGAAUCCGGUGGGAGAAACCCAUCAAGCCGUCGCCCCAAGCCACAAGCGCGAGCUGUGAGAGCAACGCGAGGCAUUGCUCCUACGAAAGAGGAGAAUCUAUCAUCAUCCAGUGCAAAUGACUUGUCAGCCUCCUUUUCUGCGAGUAAAAUUUCUAUGCCUCCCACCAGUGAUAUCGUCCACCUUCUUUCAGGGUCUAACGGACGGACUUCUCCUGCAAUUCUAACUGUGAAGAAGGAACUUCUCAUUUCGUACGCCUACUUGCAACAGAUCGCGGAACAACGGGACGUGGAAUGGCAACAAUUAGCAACAGAUGGGCGUCUCGAAGACCAAGUCAAUUCGGCGUUCGGUGGAGAGAGCUAUGCGCAGCAAGACAGAGACGCUCUAAUUAGUCUUGUGAAAGUCUGGGCCAUGAAUUACCGCGAGUGA